CGUCUUCCUAGCUGCUACACAGUUGACUUGAACAAUGGAGCUAUCAACAGUUGUAUUCUACAGUCUGCUGUUGAGCGGUAUCAGAGGGGUAUUUGUUGAUGCCAGUUUGGCAGAUUUGGCUACACGAGUUAGUCUGGUCGAAGGAGAGAUUAAUGCUUGGAAGCUCACAGCUGUUACGACUGACGCUAAACUGAUCAACAAAUUUAAGGUGUUGAAGUCGUCACUGAAAGAAGAACUGACUAGAACAUUCCUCCCUCCAUUGAUAACGCCUCUCGUCAAACAAGCAAUUACCGAAAUUCUUAACGAAGACUAUAUUGGCAAUAUUAUAAGUGCACAAGUCCUCGAUGAAGUUCACAUCCUCAAAGCCAAUUUGCAUAACACGAAGUCUCAACUAAUUGCAGUAACGCAAGAGUUGAGACAUGCUGAAAGGGAAAGAAACACUUAUAGAAAGAGUCUAACAAGACUGCGAGGCAGGUUGACCAAAGACAUCCGCGCAUUGCAACGGCAGUUCAAUCUGACUGUAGCUGACUUGGGUGAUGCAAGGAUGCUGAAAUCUGAAUUGAAUCAGACCAAUGAUGAUCUUUUUGAAACAAAGCAACAAAUCACUGGUCUUACGGACGACUUGAUGGCACUGAAUAAGAAUUGUUGUGGGGCGAAGCAAGAGAUAAAAGAAAGUGAUGUUAACACGACUUCGAACACGACGUAUCCUGGAACUACAGCAGCCUCGACUGACCCGAGCCCGAGCAAGACGGUUCCACCAGUGCCAAUGACGACCCAAGACUCUGAUCUACCGGCCUCGACUGAUCCGAGCCCGACCAAGACCGUUCCACCAGCGCCAGAGACGACACAAGACUCUGAUCUAUCGGCGACUCCAUCACAAGCAGACCGCGACCUCUACUCCGCCUGCACCGACGGUGACCUGGGGACAGUGAGAUGGAUCCUGACUGCGGGUCACGUGGACAUCAACAGUAGAGGAGGAUGGAGGCGCAGGACAGCGGUGAUGGAGGCAGCACGGUGGGGACACCGAUAUGUGGUUGAGCUCCUUGUACGUAAAGGUGCUGAUGUGUCACUGCUGGACAAGUACCGUAGAAACAUCCUUCACUACGCCUGUUUGUGUGCAGACGUGGAGACCGUGAAGCUGAUCCUGUCACUGAACGUGGUGGACAUCAACAGUAGAUGGAGGAGCAAGACACCGGUGAUGGCGGCAGCAGGGGAGGAAAAGGAGAUGUGUUGGCGUUCCUUGUGGGUAGAGGGGCAGAUGUGUCACUGGUUGACGUAUUCAGGUUAG